AUGCACUAAAUAAUUUAGACUACCUGUGAAGUAACAUUUUAAGCCCUUCAGUUUCAGUUCUGGAAGAUGUGACCAAAUGUUAUGAGAAGUGAGAUAACGCGUCUUUUGUUGAACCAAACAGCGGGGUCCUCGGUACCACUUUAAUUCCCGGGCAAGGCGGUGACUGGGGCAUGAAUACGGUGUUAGUGGGAGGAGGCGGUUUCGGGGUUGACUGUAGCGUGCUGCGUGCGUCAUGUUGUGAAUUGAAGACCCAGGACCUGGACUGUAUGGCUCCCUUCAGUCACUGGAUGAGCUUUUCAUGCACCGAGCCCCCGAGCAAGGCAUGGCUGGUAAGACUUUCCGAGGCACGUAUAGGACCAGCAUCAUAUCCAAUCUCCACACUCACGUGGAGGUCAAGCGGCGGCGUCACAACCUAAAAUCCUACCAUGACUGCUUCCUGGGCUCAGAGGCUGUGGACGUGGUGUUGGCGUAUAUCACCCUGAACCGUUUCUUUGGUGAUGAGGCAGUGCCCCGCUACAAGGCCGUCCGUCUUUGUCAGGCCCUGAUGGACUCAAGGGUGUUUGAGCCAGUGGGCAUUAAAAAAUUUGGGAAAGAAAAGAAGCAAGCCACAUUUGAGGAUAGUAGUUGCAGUUUAUACAGGUUCCUGACCCCAACAACUAGUUCCUCAUCGUCGCUGACCAACACCCAGUCUCACUCCACUAGUACCAUAGAAAGUGGCUAUGAUUCACCAAGCAUGAACAGGAACAAGGACAGCUAUAGUCCAUCACAUGAAAGACAAGAGGUGAUGAGCUACUCCACCCACUCCCCUGCAAAAAGACACGCAUUACUGGAGGACGUGCUGACAAACCUCAACCUCAGCUUGACCAUCACCCCUCAGAUGACCAACCUUGGCCUCUCACCAGCGCUUGUGGAUGAGGUGUGGCACCAGCAGGCAGUGUUCAGGCUGUUGCAGCUAAUAGAGCUCCCCCUAGUGGAGGACUUAUUAGAGUCCAAGGACAGAUCUCGGCCUCCCCUGCAUGGCAUGGACAGUGACCCGGAUCUGUUGUAUACAUCAAGCUAUCUAGACCGAGAGGUCCUAAAGGCCUUCAGUGAAGCACAGGCUGAUGAGUGGCUGUCAGCGGCAGUGGAUUGUCUAGACUUUCUGACUGAUGAGCUGGUGGUGGAGGUCAGUCGAGGUUUGGUUAGUUAUGCCGACGACCUGCCCCGGUGUAAGAAGCUGCUCUAUGAGGUCCUGGCUCAGCAUUACGGACACACACAACAGCCACCGCUGCUCAACAACCAUGUUUUCGACAUCCACUCUGGCAUUUCAGAGCUACUGGUGAAUGGAAAACUAGAGCAGGCUCUGGAGGCUCUGCAGCUGAGCCUGAAGCUGCAGGACUCUCGCAGCAGGGAGGAGCUACGCAGGCUCCUGAACUUCAUGGCCAUUGCAGCCAAAUCACAGGAGGUCAGACUGCACAAAGAGAUUGAGAACAGAAUGGCACUGAAAAGGUCUUUCUCAAGUGCUAUCGUGUACAGCAGAAGACUCUCCAAAGGAAAGGUGGACUUGAUGGUUUUGUUCAUGAUGGAUAACCACAAUGAUCUGUUCAAAAUUCCUCUUUCACUGCACAAUAUGGUCAGUGACAGAAUAAUGAAUAUUGUCAAAGGGAAGGAUCCAGAUAUGAUAACAGGUUCAACAUACUGCACAAGAGUUAGUCCUAAGGCCUAUUCAGAAAAUGCAGAAAAAACCACUAAAGAGGAACUGUGGUCGUUACUCCGGACAGUCCAUGAGAAUCCUAAGCUCUCCACCAAAGAAAAGCGACGGCUGUUGGGACAGUUUUAUAAAGGCCACCCAGAAAUUUUUGUUCAGUACUUUGGAAAUCGAUUGUCCAGUGUCAACAUGUUGCUACAGUAAUAUUUAUUACUUUAAAAUAAUGUAUUAUAAUGUAAAAAGACAUAGAUGUAAGAACAAAGGCUGAUUUGAUGUAAAUAAUGUGAAGAUGUGCAGUAUAGUAAGUGGGUUUAAUUUACUUUUAUGUAAAUAGAUUAGGCUACUGAACAAGAAUGUGAAUUUUAUAGUACUGGCUCUUAAGAACCUGUGAUAUUUAAGGUAGUUGUCUUAAAUAUUUUCUUUGAUAACACUAACAUGAAAUGUCUUUGUCAUGAGACCAAAUGAACCAAGUGUUCUUGCAUUCUAUGUCAGCAGACAGUAAAGAUGAGUCUGCAAAUCAGUAGAUGUAUUCUUUGUACUUACAAAUGUGUCUGUUCGUGUGGUUUCUCAUACAUGAUGUGAUGCACAACAGAGCUAUACCUGAGGAACCUUAAAACAGAAAUGUGGACACUUGAAAGUCUGAUGUCGUACUGUAGUAAACAGCCAGAGGUAUUCAUGAGAAUCAGCCCUAUGAGUAUUUGUGUUUGUUGCUAUAGAUCAGCAAAACAGAUUAUUGUAAAUUCUUUUUAUUUUUACUGAAAACGUAGCCAUAUUCUGGUGGUAUUUUCAAGGUUGUUUCAAAUAAAGCCUGCGGUAUUUCAUCCUUCUAAUCAGCUGAGGAGAAUACUUCCACAUUUCCGGGUCACAAAAUUUUUAAAUCACUGUCAUUUCCAUAUUUUGGCAGGUCUUAACCCUAUAAAACCAUUUGUAUCAUAUUCACUACAUGAGUUUCUGAGCAAAAAAAAACAA